UGAACAUCCCUAUUCAGCCCCCAUCGGCUUCUGAAUUUGAGAAAAAGUUAUUGGCAACCCUGCGCGCGAACAAAAACAUGAAAACGUAAACAGUGGCAUUUUUGUGCGCAAUCGCUUCGCCUAUAGCAGUCGUUUUCACUUUAAAAUAUUCAAGAAAUCGAACGUCGUUAUCAUAAGUUAUUGGACCAUACAAAAAAAAAUCAACGAUCAAUGGAAAAGAUGACUCAGAACAACGGCGUGUAAACUUCCGUACGUCCUCUUGUUUGUUCUCCAGCUCACACCGGGAAACAUGGAACUCCGCGAAUGGUCUCCGUUGGUGGAUUUGGUCAAUCAAAUCCCAUCCACCGUGCAGCGGGGACUGUUGUUUGCGGACGUAUCGAUCACCUGCCUCGACGUGGUGGACGAAUUCAUUGCCCUCGGCACCAAUGUGGGAAUCGUUUUCUGGUACAAUCGGAAAACGAGUGCCGUGGAACGUCUUCUGGCGGAGGGCUCUCCCUACUUAACAUGUGUACGUAUCAUAUCGACGGUGGAGUUCAUGGUAGCUGCCGGUUGCCGUCAGGGAACAAUCAACAUCUUCCAGAUUCCUAAGGAAGCCCCACCGGACGUUUGUGUCGAGUUGCUCCUGAGAAGUAAGCCGACCGAAAGGUACACAGUUCGUGGAAUCCACCGAAGCAAAGUAACGGAUUUGAUUUGGUCCAAGAAUGGAAUGAAGCUUUGCUCCGGGGAUGAUUCCGGUUUGGUGGUUCUGACAGAAAUCAAUUAUCAGCUGCGGACAUGCGAAUCGCGAGAGAUUUGUAACGAGAAAUACGAGGUUGUGCAGCUGUCCUUGAGAAAGGAUAAGCUGCUGGUUUCUACGACUUAUAGGACAGUUAUUUGCACCCAGGAAGAUUCGGUUAAAUGGCGAGUGACGCAGGUGGGGAAGAAAGAUCGUAAAAUAUUGAGCCAUUUCGGAACAGUUUUUCACGAAUAUCAGAAGGAGCUACAAGUUGUGACCACAAGGUCUGGUUUUCGCCUGUGGGUUGCAGAUCUUGAAGGGGACGUCGCGCAAACCUUAGUUUUUAAGGAAUUGAUAAAGAAUCCUGUCCAGGAGGUCCCCAUUUUAAAUCCAAGCAGACAUCCUAUACGAAUACCUACCACAUUUGGGAAGCUCUACACUUUCCAGGAAAAAUGUUUGAUCUCUGUUGCGAAUGAUAUGCUUUUUGUGCUCGAUCUGGAUCAAAUGAAAAUAAUCGCUUCAUUGACUCGACUACGUAGAAUACUUGAUAUCUCGGUAAAUAAGCAUGAAAUUCUCAUUCUCGAAAGUGCACGUUCGCUGGUUCGGAUUUCGACGCUCCCGGACUGCAGUCAGACCACGAUACUAUUCAAAAAUGUGGAUCUUUUCACUACCAUUGACAGCGAUAGUCAAAUCGUUCAGGCAGAUGAAUGUUUGGAAUACGGAGACUCCGAACAGCCAGGAUGUAGCAGCAAAUCAGGCGGUUCGGAAAACGAAAUCUCAUUAGGGUCCUUGGACAAUACCGUCGAUUCGGUAGACGGGUGUCAACCGAAGGAAGAAAACGGUCUCGAAUCGCAACACCAUAUAAUUGAUCACCUGAAGAAGUUGGAACUGUUCGAUACGCUCAACAAAAUGAAGUACGAUGACACCAUACUGUUCAAGAGUGGCAGGAAAAUGAAACGAAAAUCGCGACGGGAGGAAAAAACUGCCGUUAAUUCGAUUGUUGAAAUAGGACAGAUUCCAAAGGAGUACGGUUGCAGCGAUGAGCCAGAUUCAGUGGAGAAGAAACUUAAUAAUUGAAAUUUGCAGCACGGACGUGUAUGCUGAGCAACAGGAUCUGAUUUAGCUCUCUUCUCAUCUUAUGAUUGUGAUACAUUGCGUUAAAGCGCCUUGAGUGUUUAUUUGUGUUUGGCUUCAAAAUUAAUUCUGAGGCGCACAUGCAUGUUACAUUGGCCAUUGUCGAGUCACCUUACCUUCACGGACUCUAUUCACCUUAUUCCGAUAGUCGGUGUAAGUGAAGUGACAGCGGUUCAUUCUCAAAGUUCAUCCGAAGGGAACGGUCCUCACCUAAAACGACUCCUGGAAUCGAGUGACUCGGGUGAUUCGACUAUCGUCAUCUCACGCGCAGCGCAGAAUAAGAGCCAUUGGCUUCUACUAUGGUUUGUGACUGAUUAAAUAUGCUGUUAUCUGUUUCUAGCUUAUUGAAUUAUAGUAAUUGUAAUGCAUAUUCAA